AUGGGACAAGUGCCGGCUCUUUGUAGGUUGACCAUAUUUCUCCUGGCCGCGGGCAUGGCGUCGGCUGCGAGUGGUUCCCAAAAACCGAUCCAGGUUGACGGAACGGCCUUUGCUCUCAACGGCGACGAUGUUUCAUAUCGUUUUCACGUUGACAAUGCCACGGGAGACCUGAUUGGAGACCAUUUCGGCGGACCGGCCGAGGGCGACACCAUUGAGGCGGAAAUCGGACCCGUCCAAGGCUGGGUUGACAUGAUCGGCCGUGUGCGGCGAGAGCUGCCCGACCUUGGCCGGGGCGAUUUCCGAACGCCCGCCGUUCAGAUUCGGCAGUCAGAGGGCCAUACCAUUAGUGAUUUCCGGUAUCAGGGGCACACGGUCCUCGAGGGGAAACCCGCGCUCAACGGCCUGCCGUCUACCUUUGGGAAAGACGACGACGUUUCCACGCUGGUCGUACACAUGUAUGACAACUACAGCUCCGUGGCAGCAGAUCUCAGCUAUUCAGUCUUCCCCAAAUAUGACGCCAUUGUUCGCAGUGUCAACAUCACCAACAGAGGCAAAGGCAACAUCACCAUCGAGAGACUGGCAAGCUUCAGCGUUGAUCUGCCGUGGGGCGACUAUGAUAUGCUGGGGCUCAAGGGCGAUUGGGCUCGAGAGGGCAUGAGGGUCCGUCGAAAGGUCGAUUUUGGCAUCCAGGGCUUUGGCAGUGCGACCGGAUACUCGUCUCACUUGCACAAUCCGUUCCUCUCAGUGGUGUCUAGAGCUACCACCGAGUCUCACGGAGAAGCCUAUGGAUUUUCUCUAGUUUACACUGGAUCAUUUGCUGCCGAGAUUGAAAAGAGCUCCCAGGGCCUGACAAGGGCCAUGCUUGGAUUUAACCCAUCCCAACUUGCAUGGCCACUUGGACCCGGCGAGUCACGGCAGUCUCCCGAGUGCGUUGCGAUAUUCUCAAGCACCGGUAUAGGCGGCAUGUCACGCAAACUCCAUAGCCUCUAUCGUCAGCACCUGAUAAAGAGCAAGUACGCUACAGAGACACGCCCUGUUCUCCUUAAUAGCUGGGAGGGCCUUGGGUUCAACUACAACGCCAGCACGAUUUAUCGACUUGCACAGCAGAGCGCGGAGCUCGGGGCCAAGCUCUUCGUGUUGGACGACGGCUGGUUUGGCGUAAAGCAUCCUCGCAUAACUGAUAAUGCCGGGCUCGGAGACUGGGAAGUCAACCCCAAGCGGUUCCCCGAUGGACUCGAGGCGUUGGUUGACAAGGUUACCGCUCUACCUGUUGGCAAUUCGUCUACAAAGCUCAAAUUCGGCCUGUGGUUUGAGCCUGAAAUGGUGAACCCAGACUCGAAUCUGUAUGAAGUACAUCCCGAUUGGGCUCUUCACGCUGGCAGGUACCCUCGCUCGUUAACAAGAAACCAACUGGUGCUUAAUGUGGCGUUGCCCGAAGUUCAAGAUUUUAUUGUCGACUCAGUGUCCAAUAUCCUCAACAGCUCCAACAUUGCCUAUGUCAAGUGGGACAACAAUCGUGGCAUCCAUGAAACACCAGCGCCAUACACCGACCAUCAGUAUAUGCUUGGGCUGUACAAGGUCUUUGCCAGGCUUACAGAACGGUUCCCGGAUGUGAUCUGGGAAGGCUGCGCUUCGGGAGGAGGGAGAUUUGAUCCCGGCGUGCUGCAAUACUUCCCGCAGAUCUGGACAUCUGACGACACCGACGCAGUAGAGCGCAUCUAUAUUCAGUUUGGGACCUCACUGGUGUAUCCGCCGUCCGCCAUGGGGGCACAUGUAUCGGCGACGCCAAACAGCCAAAGCGGACGAAACGAAACAAUCGAGUUUAGAGCCCAUGUUGCCAUGAUGGGUGGUUCAUUUGGCCUCGAGCUUGAUCCGUCACACAUGCCAGAACAAGAUAAGGCCAAGGUUCCAGACCUCAUUAAGCUUGCCGAGAAGGUGAAUCCCAUUGUCGUCAAAGGUGACUUGUGGCGUCUUAGUCUACCGGAAGAAUCCGACUACCCUGCGGCAUUGUUCAUCUCCGAGGACCAAAAACAAGCCGUGCUAUUCUAUUUUCAACUCAAACCCACCAUUAACAACUCUUGGCCAGUGGUGCGUCUCCAAGGACUAGACGCCAAAGCCAUGUACAAGGUGGAUGGCAUUCAAACGGUUUCUGGCGCCACUCUCAUGAAUCGAGGCGUCUCGUAUAAUUUUGAGGCUGGGUAUUCGAGCAAAGUUGUGUUUUUUGAAAAGCAAUAA